CCGGCGGCGGCGGAGAAGAAGUUUCCCGUCUUGGGUCUGCCGGACUCGAGAUCCUUUCUCUGCCUUCCCAGCUCCCCUCGAGGCAGGGCUGCGACCUGGAGAGCAAAGAAGAGCUGUGAACCCGCUGCCCAGAACAUAAGGUUCUAAAAGAAAAUGAAGGUCAUUACUUGUGAAAUAGCAUGGCACAACAAAGAACCAGUGUACAGCCUGGACUUCCAGCAUGGGACUGAUGGGAAAAUUCAUAGAUUGGCUUCUUCAGGAGUAGACACAGCUGUGCGGAUUUGGAAAGUAGAAAAAGGACCAGAUGGAAAAGCCAUUGUAGAAUUUUUGUCCAAUCUUGCUCGACAUACUAAAGCAGUAAAUGUUGUUCGGUUUUCUCCUAAUGGUGAAAUCUUAGCAUCUGGGGGAGAUGAUGCUGCCAUUUUGUUGUGGAAGGUCAAUGAUAACAAGGAGCCAGAACAAAUCACGUUUCAGGAUGAGGAUGAGGCAGAGUUGAAUAAGGAGAAUUGGGCCGUGAUUAAAACUUUAAGAGGGCACUUAGAAGAUGUGUAUGAUAUUUGCUGGAUGACUGAUGGAAAUUUAAUGGUUUCUGCCUCUGUAGAUAAUACAGCUAUUAUAUGGGAUGUUGGUAAAGGACAAAAAGUUUCCAUAUUUAAUGAACACAAGAGUUAUGUACAAGGAGUUACCUGGGAUCCCUUGGGUCAAUAUAUUGCUACUCUGAGCUGUGACAGGGUGUUGCGGGUAUACAGCACACAGAAGAAGCGUGUUGCCUUCAAUGUUACAAAGAUGCUAUCUGGAGUGGGAGCUGAAGGCGAGGCAAGAAGUUACCGAAUGUUUCAUGAUGAUAGCAUGAAGUCAUUCUUUCGUAGACUUAGUUUUACUCCUGAUGGAUCUUUGCUUCUCACACCAGCAGGUUGUGUUGAGUCCGGUGAAAAUGUAACAAAUACAACUUAUGUUUUCUCCAGAAAGAACCUUAAAAGGCCUAUUGCUCAUCUCCCCUGCCCUGGAAAAGCAACACUUGCUGUCCGCUGCUGUCCAGUCUACUUUGAAUUGAGGCCAGUAGAUAAAGCAUCACAGGAGUCCGGACUGGAACUGAUUAACUUACCCUACCGGUUGGUGUUUGCUGUGGCUUCCGAAGAUUCUGUGCUUUUCUAUGACACCCAGCAGUCUUUUCCUUUUGGUUAUGUGUCCAACAUACAUUAUCAUACAUUGAGUGAUAUUUCAUGGUCCAGUGAUGGGGCUUUCCUGGCCAUUUCUUCUACAGAUGGGUACUGUUCCUUUGUAACAUUUGAAAAGGAUGAACUUGGAGUGCCUUUAAAGGAAAAACCUGUUUUAAAUAUGAGAACUCCUAAUACAUCAGAGAAGAAAGCCAAGAAUCAGACACACCGCGUGACUUCCCCAAGUCCCAGACCAGCGGAAGGAACCCCUACCAGUAGAAACCAAGAUCCAAACAGUUCUAUCACACCCCUUCAGACUAGGCAGUCUCCAUCCCUAACAGUGAACAAGGAUUUUCCCAUCAGUCCUCUUGGAAAUAGAAACUCGCCGAAUCUGUCCUCAGAAGAAAAGAAAACUCCGCAGGCUUGUAGUCAGAACAUAAAGUCAAACCAGCCCCGGAGAAUUACUUUGAAUACCAUACAAGCCUGGAGUAAGACAACUCCCCGGCGAAUAAACUUAACGACCUUAAAGACAGAAGCUCAGACAAGCACUCCACAAGCCAACGCAGUUUCUACUCCAUCUAUAGAAGUAUGUCAGCCAGAGAUUGCUGAAGACACUCUUUGCAAUUCUCCAGAAUCAAAACGCCUCAAGUUCAAUGAAACACCUACUUCACCAUCUUCUGAAAGUGAAAAGAGCCAUGGUUUAAGCAGCUGAAAGUCUAGAAGACUGGAUUCCUGAUGAACUUUCAUUAUCUAGCCAUAGUCUGACCAAAGUAGGAAAGGCCUUUGGGUCCAAAAGGAGGCAUAUCUGAUGGAAUAUAUGACUUGUUCAGCAUCCAGACAAGGUGCAACAAGCACUUGAAGGAUGAUUCCUGUAGUAGAAGAUACUGGCUUGUACUGCUUUUCCUGCAAAUAACUAUUCUAUUUAUCAUAUGUUUUAACUCAGGAGAAUGAAAGUAUUUAUCCUUAGAUUAAAUACUAGCACUGUUCUCCUGAAGAUGGAACUCUAUAAACUCUUUAGCCAUCCAAAAAUGAUUAAAUUGUUGUGAAAAUCUAUGAACUUUGCCCCUUAUUCUAAAGCAUUUUCCUAAUGAUGGAACUUUUCUUCUAACAUUAGAUCUUGAAAAAAGGAGAAAAUGUAAAAUCUCUUUUGGAUUUUAGAAUGUGUGAAGUGAUUGGUAAUUUAAAUGAUAGUUUCCAUUUAGCUAUAAAGUUUUUUCAUAAUUACUCUAUUUGCAUUUCAAAAAUUACUUUAAA